AUAUUGAUUUUGUAAUAUGACCGUUAUCAGCUAGGAAGUAUAAUGGGUAAACUAAAGCAAACAAAUAGGUGGUUGUUAAGUCAAAUUACGUGUUGAAUAUUUUAACUUUUAAGCUGGAUUUUAAGGAAAAGAAACGUCCGCUACAGAAAGUAUUAUAAAACAACUAAAUAAUCUUGUUAUACAAUAAUGCAAUAGUUUCGUUUUGAUAACACUAAAAUAUAAGUUGAUAACGAGAAAAUGGCAACUGGGGGAUUGCAUGUACAUACGUCGGAUGAGAUAUUUGAUUUUACAUGUUCACCUUGUGCGGAACAGAACAAAAAUAGCGAAGCUGUAAGGUAUUGUGUGGAAUGUCAGGAUUAUUACUGUCAAUCAUGCGCGGACAUGCACAAGAUGUUCCCCGCCAUGAGAGGACAUAAACUCCUCAAUAAAGCCGAUUUUAGUUCGUCAAGUCAUCAGCAAAACUUGCCGCAGGUGCCGACGGAAAGAUGUCACAAUCAUAAGACAAAGUUAAUAGACAUGUAUUGUCGGGAUCAUGAUGAGGUCUGUUGUACUUCGUGUGUAGCUGAAAAUCACAGGUCAUGUGAUUCGGUAACAAGUAUAACAGAUGUCAUUAAGAACAGAGGAGCGAGGAAAGAAAAAGAUGAAUUAAUCCAAGAACUUAACACAUUGAUUAAUGUCUGCUUAGAAAUCAAAACAACCAAAGAAAAAGAUCUUUCAGAAAUAGCUUUAGCAAAGGAAACAGCCCUUGAUGAAAUGAAAAAGCAAAGAAAGGAGCUAGAUACUCUUGAUGAACUUGAAAAUGCUUCAAAACAGAAAAUUGAAAAUGAACACAAGAAGCUCUCGGAUGAAUCUGCAGAAGAGAAGCAGAAAAUAACAGAGUAUGAAAGCAGACUGCAGAAAAGUGUUUCCGCUCUGCAAGCGUCGGGAAGUAACGAAGCACAAAGAUUUGUUUCUGAGAAACUAGGACGCAAAGACCUCGUAGACAUAUCUAAAGAUGCAUACACGUUUACAAGAGAAACCAAAACAUCAUUUGCAUUUCAUGGUGAUCCAAAACUUGUUCAAGUCUUUUCAGGGAUGGAGUCACUCGGAGAGGUCAAACGACAAGUUAAAAGCUGCACCAUCCCUGUACAGUCACUUUAUCAAAUAAAAAGGACACGUGAACAAAAUGUAAAUAUUCCGAGUGACAAAGGUGCAUGUGACAUUUUGUCCUGUUGUUUUGAUGAUAAGGGAAACUUGCUUCUGACUGAUUACGAUAACAAUUCCCUAAAACGAGUAAGCUUACAAACAGCUUCGGUCACUGACCAUUGUAGAAUGCCUAGCAGUCCAAGAGCAGUAUGUUGUGUUAACAAGGAAGAAGCUGCUGUAAGUCUAAUCAACAGAAGUAUCCAGUUUGUCUCCCUUCGUGAUCAGAUGAAGAUAACACGACAAAUUACACUUGACCACCCAUGCUGGGGUAUUUCCUGUAAUGAAGGAAGUAUGUAUAUCACUGAUAGAUACAAAACACUGUAUAUUUAUAGCUUAUCUGGAAAACUCAUCAGUGUUGUUAAUCAUGAUAAUAAAGGGAAUGAUAUAUUUUAUAACAAUAGGCAUGUUACUUUCGACAGCGGUAAGGUGUACGUUUGUGACGUUAUAAACGGUCUAGUUUCUUUCAAUAAGGAAGGUACAUAUAUCUCAAGCUUCACUGACAGUAUACUUAGUUUACCACAAGGGGCAUGUUCUGAUAGAGGGGGAAAUAUUUUUGUUUGCGGAUGGGGUUCAAGAAACGUAAUUCAAAUUGGAACAGAUGGAAAGCUGUUUGGCGAAGUUGUAAGAAAGUCGCACGGGUUGGGUUAUAUUUCGUCAGUAUGCUUUGAUGAACGUCAGAAACGACUAGUUGUUACCGUCGACAAGAGCAACAUGGUUCACAUAUUCGAUCUUGGGUCAUGUGAUUCAGUAACAAGUAUAACAGAUGUCAUUAAGGAGAGCGCAGCGAGCAAAAAAACAGAUGCACUGAUCCAAGAACUUAACAGCCUGAUUAAUGUCUGCUUAAAAAUCAAAACUACCAAAGAAACAGAUCUUUCAGAGAUAGAUCUAGCUAAGGAAAGGGCCCUUGAUGAAAUUACAAAGCAGAGAAAGGAGCUAGAUACUAUUCUUGGUGAACUUGAAAAUGCUUCAAAAAAGAAAAUUGAAAAUGAACACCAGAAGCUUUCGGAUGAACUUGCAGAAAAGAAGCAGAAAAUAACAGAAUAUGAAAGCAGACUGCAGAAACGUGUUUCCGCUCUGCAAGCGUCGGGAAGUAACGAAGCACAGCGAUUUGUUUCUGAGAAACUCGGAUACAAAGAUCUCAAGCUGCACCAUCACUGUACAGACACUUAUCAAAUAAAAAGGACGCGCGAACAAAAGGUAAAUAUUCCAAGUGACAAAGGUGCAUGUGACAUUUGGUCCUGUUGUUUUGAUAAUAAUGGAAACUUGCUUCUCACUGAUUACAAUAACAAAUCCCUAAAACGAGUUAAAUUACAAACAGCUUCGAUCAUUGACCAUUGUAGAAUGCCUGGUAGUCCAAGAGCAGUAUGUUGUGUUAACAAGAAAGAAGCUGCUGUAAGUUUGCUCAACAAAAGUAUCCAGUUUAUCUCCCUUUGUGAUCAGAUGAAGAUUACACGACAAGUUACACUUGACCAUCAAUGCACGGGCAUUUCCUGUAAUGAAGGAAGUAUGUAUAUCACUGAUGAAGGCAAAACAGUGUAUAUUUAUAACGUAUCUGGAAAACUCAUCAGUGUUGUUAAGCAUGAUAGUAAAGGUAAUGAUAUAUUUUAUAACAAUAGACAUGUUACUUUCGAUAGGUACAGCGGUAAAGUGUACGUUUGUGACGUUAGAAAUGGUCUAGUUUCUUUCAAUAAGGAAGGUACAUAUAUCUCAAGCUUCACUGACAGAAAACUUCGUUCACCACAAGGGGCAUGUUCUGAUGGAGGAGGAAAUGUGUUUGUUUGCGGAUGGAUUUCAAGAAACGUGAUUCAGAUCGGAAAAGACGGUAAGCUGCUUGGUGAGGUUGUAAGAAAGUCGCACGGGUUGGAUUCUAUUUGGUCAGUAUGCUUUGAUGAACGUCAGAAACGACUAGUUGUUACGAUCAACAACAGCGACAAGAUUCACAUAUUCGAUCUAGCGUGAGGUCAGAAAUAUAUCCCAUUAACAAUCAUCGGUGUCUUAUGCAUUUUGUGUAUUGCUAGAUUUGCUUCAGGAUAAAAAUGAGAAAAAAUCAGAAUCAGUGUGGACAUAUUAAUCUGAUAUACUAUAAUAAUGAUGAACGUUGACAGCUUUUUGGGAUUGUAUGUUAUAACAAUUCCAGUCAUAUCAAUUCGUGUCAUCAAAGAUGCAAUAUAGUUGACGCUCAUGACAUUCUUGACAGUGUAUAAUCAAUUGCCCUAUUUCACUAAAAUCAAGGAAUGCGAGAAUACAGUGAAAAAAUAUCGAGCAAAUUCUGUGAGUGCAGCACAAAUGUAUACUGAACAAAAUGUACGUAUUAUAUGAAUUUGUUCAUGGUUUAUACAUGGCAAUAUGUAAUGGUUAUCUGUGUAGUGCAUUAUGACACUGAUGGUUUUUUUGUUGUUGUUGUUGUUGUUGUUGUUGUUUAUGAAAUAAUAUAAAAAUAUAGACA